UGGGAGCUGAGAGAGAGCAGCCCCGAGCAGGGAUGGACAUGAUGCUGUUGGUGCAGGGUGCUUGUUGCUCAAACCAGUGGCUGGCUGCUGUGCUCCUCAGCCUGUGCUGCUUGUUGCCCUCCUGCCUCCCAGCCGGACAGAGUAUGGACUUCCCUGGGGCAGCUGUGGACAACCUGGUGGUCAGAAAAGGGGACACGGCUGUGCUUAGAUGUUAUUUGGAAGAUGGAGCUUCAAAAGGUGCCUGGCUGAACCGGUCAAGUAUUAUUUUUGCAGGAGGUGAUAAGUGGUCAGUAGAUCCUCGAGUUUCAAUUGCAACAGCAAAUAAAAGGGAAUACAGUCUACAGAUACAGGAUGUAGAUGUGAUGGAUGACGGUCCAUACACUUGUUCUGUGCAGACCCAACACACUCCGAGAACAAUGCAGGUGCACUUAACUGUACAAGUUUCUCCGAAGAUAUCUCGUAUUUCAACUGACACUGUUGUGAAUGAAGGAAGCAAUGUUACACUUAUUUGCUUGGCCACUGGGAAACCAGAGCCUUCCAUUUCUUGGAGACAUAUCUCUCCAUCAGCAAAACCAUUUGAAAAUGGACAAUAUCUGGACAUCUAUGGAAUUACAAGAGACCAGGCUGGGGAAUAUGAAUGCAGUGCAGAAAAUGAUGCCUCAGUCCCAGAUGUGAAAAAAGUAAAAGUCACAGUAAACUUCGCCCCCACAAUUCAGGAACUUAAAUCCAGUGGUGUGAUGCUAGGAGGUAAUGGACUGAUAAGGUGUGAAAGCGCAGGAGUUCCUGCUCCAGUCUUUGAGUGGUACAAAGGAGAGAGAAAACUGAUCAAUGGUAAACAUGGAAUUACUAUAAAAAACUAUAGUACAAGAUCACUUCUCACUGUCACCAAUGUAACAGAGGAGCAUUUCGGCAACUACACAUGUGUCGCUGCCAACAAGUUGGGAGUUACCAAUGCCAGCCUGCCUCUCAACCAAAUUAUUGAGCCUACUACCUCUAGUCCUGUCUCAAGCCCAGCUCCAAGUACAGCCCAGUAUGGGAUUACCGGUGGUGCUGAAGUUCUGUUCUCCUGCUGGUACCUUGUGUUGACACUAUCCUCUUUCACCAGCAUAUUCUACCUGAAGAACAUCAUUCUACAAUAAAUAUAAAGAACCAUGAAAGGCUUUUAAGGAUUCCCUGAAAGUGCUGAUGACUGGAGCCAAUCUGGUAGAGUUUGUUAAAAGCAGCGUGGGAUAUAAUCAACAGUGCUUACAUGGGAAUGAUCGCCUUCUGUAGAAUUGCUCAUUAUGUAAAUACUUUAAUUCUGCUCCUUUUUUUGAUUAGCUGCAUUACCUUGUGAAGCAGUACACAUUGUCCUUUUUUAAGACGUGAAAGCUCUGAAAUUACUUUUAGAGGAUAUUAAUUGUGAUUUCAUGUUUGUAAUCUACAAGUUUUCAAAAGCAUUCAGUCGUGGUCUGCUGGGUUGCAGACUGUAGUUUACAAAAAAAAAUAUUGCAGUGAAAAUGUGAUUCUUUAAGGCUGCAAUACAAGUAUUCAGUUCCCUCUUUAAGUAGGAUUCUAUCCACAUUUAUUCAGAAGCAUUUUUAUUUAAAAAAAUCAAAUAAUAUUGCCUUCAAAACAUUUCUUCAAAAUAUAACACAUAUCUAGAUUUUCUUCUAGCAUGAUAUUCAGGUUUCAAGAAUGAGCCUUGUAAUAUGACUGCAUAAAGCAAUUCUGCUUCCCCACCCCGCUCUGUAAAUUCAGCAUGGGUGUGCCUACUUUUCUCUUCCUCUCCAACAAUUCUGGAAUGUGUACUGGUAAAUGACAACAUGUAAAUUCAAGCGUACCUAAUCUCCAGUUGAGGACAAAGAUGCUAUUGGCUAAAAAGAAUACCUUCUCUUCCACCUCCAGUGGGGUAAUGGAACUGCUCCAAACUUUGCCCACAACAACUAGACUACAUGGUAUUUUUUAACCAGUCAAUCAAAAAUAGCACAGGUAUAUUUCCCUUAUUUUUUCCCUCUAGUGUGGUUAAUUUGUAUAUUUUGUUUGUAAAACAAGUUUUCCUGGUAUAAAAUACAGCACAACUCUCUUAAGAGACUUCUUGUGAAUGUAACACUUUUCCCUUUCAUUGCUCUAAAUCAGAACUCUUAAAAGGCUGUAUAUGUGAGGUGAUGACAGACCCUUUUUUAUUAUUGGCCAGUACUACAUGAAUUGAUGUUCUUGCACUGGAGUUGUACUGAUCAGCUAGCUCAACAAUGAUACUUUCAUUGCACAUGUUUUUAAAUCUCAGAUAGCUGAGAACAUAGGAAGCAUUGAAUAUACAUUUAAUAUAGAUAUAUUUAAAAACAAGUGGCUCCAAUAACUAUAUUUUGGUGCACCUUACAAAUGCUGUCACAUUGCAUCUUAAUUGCCAGAAUUUCAUUAAUGCACUGCUAAGAUGUAUGAAUAUCUUACUGUAACAAUUAAUUUCACCUUUCAUAAAUGACUCUUGCAGUCCUCACAUAUUGCAUUGAGUUCAAGAGAAGUUUUGCCUGAAUAACGGACUGGAUCCUAAAAUAGCAUAUUUUAUUUCUAUGGAUAUAAUAGAGUUGUUGGGUUUAUUUAAACAGCCUCUAAUUUUGCUCCCAAAUGAAUGUACAGUCAUGCUGUAAAUGAAUUGUGAACAGUGAGUUGCACUUGCAAAACCGGAGGCUGAAGCAAGGUCCCUUUAAAAAUUUGACUCAUUAUGAAAGUUGACCGUAUAUGGUCCAGGCCAUCACCCAUUCUGGUCAGUACAAAGAUACACACCAACUUCAAUGGAAUUCGAUUGGGCCCAUAUAGAAAGAGCCACUGGUGAUAAGAAUUUCUAAUUAACACAUUAAUUACAAUAUAAAAUUAUCCAGUCACUUGUUCAACAUAUAAAACCACAAUAAAUAAUAAGAAGACUGUUGCCAUGUGAAAGUUGGAGUUAUUUAUAUCAAAAGAAGAUUGUCACUGAACACCAUAUUGCUAUUUUGGCUACUUUUUUAGUAUCACUGCCACAACAAUUUCACUCAGACACACUCCUACUCAGUCAUUUUUGGUACUGUGUUAAGCUCCAUAACUAGGUAGCUGGGUACUGUACAUAUUCAGCACUUUCAAGUUCAUUUUUCAAAUAUCCUAUUUUUUAAAAUUCAGAUUAUGAAUUUCUUUAGUACCGUGAUCAACUGCCCCAUUACUAAUAUAUAAACAAAAUAUGCAGCAAAUAUGUUGUAAUUACUAAAUGACGCCUAGAUAAGGAGCAUAAAAAGAAUACACUGACUCCAUAAUAGGGCAAUAAAAUGUAUUGAAUCACGCUGUUUGUGUUCAGUAAUAGAUUAGAUUAUUUCUAUUCUUCUCUUAAACUUGUGCGUUAAGCAGGUUCUAUUUUCAUAAAUAUGGCAUUUUUUUAAAACCUUGAAUAACAUGAUGACAUUUUAUUAGUUGAGGAAGCAGUGUAUAAAACAGUACAAACCAUCUUGUACACUCUCCUGACAUUCUGAUCACUCUUGUAUUGCAGCUUUAAAGUGCUAAGCUCUAGAAUCCAUUCAAUAGAAAAAAUGGUGCUGCAGAAAGUAUUACAUGUGAGUACAGUUUUAUGAAGAAAGAAACAGAUCAAGGAUAUGUAUAACUCGGAUGCCUUUUCUCACAUGAAUUAGGAAUUGUUUCUAUACUGUAGCUGGACCAAAUUCUAUAUUUAGGCUAAUUGGUUUUUUUUCAUGAUUACUGACACAUGGAAUGUGAGGAUUCUGGCAGCAGAAGAGAGUAUGGAAACAUUUUUAUUAAAUAUGAAAAAAAUGAAGUAUUUACUCUUUUGCAUCAUGAGAAUAUUCUUGCCAAUAAAGCCACUGGAAAACAUAGGCCAAAUUUUCAACCUAGCCUCUGAAUUUGCACUUGCAAUUUUUGUGAGACAGUUUGUAGCAUGCAAAAAUCCAUGUUUGUGGGCACAACAUUUGCUUCUGCAAACUAGGUACCUAAACAUCUAUCGGCUCUGCAUGUUCAAAAGUGAUGGUUUGUGUGUGCAAAUUUAAGAGACCAAUCCUGUGCAUAAGUACUGGGGCCAUUCACAUUAACACUGUGUCGGUCACUAAAUGUUUGUAGGAUUGGUCUCUCAAGAGUGUUUAUGAAUAUCUGACCAUCUAAGGUUCCAGUUGUGCAAAGGGUUAUGCAUAUGCUUAACUUCAUGCACUGAGUAGUCCCAAAGAAACUACUCGCAGUACAUAAAGUUAAGCACAUUCCUAAGUUUUUGCAGGGUUGAGGCCCAACUCAAUAUUGGUCAAAUAAAGUUACUUGCGUCUUAGGUUAAUCUGUUCCAUAUAGUAACCUGAUAAUUGUACAGUUUGGGACUUAUUGGGACAUUCUUUCAACAUGGACUGUGCGGACUGUUGCAAAUUAAAUACAGUAGAAUUUUACAAAAUUGAUCUUUUAAUCACUGGCGUAUACUUGCUUUCUAGCUGAUACUUUCAUAAUAUAUUCUAUGCUCAUCCAAUUGAUACCCCUUACCGUUCAUAUUUUUAAUCAAUUAUUAUUAUAUUUAUCCACCAUGAAAAAAUAUUGAAAAUAAAUGGAUUUGCUCCAAGCAGUUCAACAUUUCUUAUGCUAAAACUGUUGUCCCACACUUGAAUUACUAAAGUUUGUAAUUCCAUAAGUUCCUGAAAGUGCAAUAACUCAGGUCUAUUAACUACCAUUGCAUUGAUGACAUAUAUGGGCAAUGGUGCUGUAAUUAUAGUGUUGCUGAUCGUGAUUCUUUACUAAUAUUGAAUUUAAGGAUGUCUCAGAAUUUCUAAUACAAACACAGGUUCUCAAGGGUUUAUAACUUGGCAGGAAAAUGUAUUCUUCAUAACUAGACAGCUAUUUUAACUUUUCUAUAUAUAUUUAGAAAAUCUGUUUCUAAGAGACAGGAGUAUUGAAGACAUUACCAGUGAAAGCUGCUCUUUUGCACACUUUCAGAGUUAGCACUCUAGCAAAAUAAUGGUAAACGUCAUUCCUACCAAAAUAUCUGCUUACCCCACAUAACUGUGUAUUAAAGAGUGUGUAUACCAAAAUAUGUAUUUACCUGGAAAAUCAAUAUGCCUUAAAGCCUAAAUAUGCAUUUACUUCUAAGAUUGGAUCUUGCUCUUCCAGUCUGGAGGUAAAUAAUCCAUAUUUCACAAUCUGCCAUGGAAGAUUUUGUUUCUUAAAAAACAAACAUGCUCAGUUCUUUUUUUAAAAAGUAUUAAAUAAUUUUAAAGUUCUUGCACAAACUAACAUAUGUGAGGAAAGGAAAAGUUAGAAUGAAACUCUGUCCUGACACUCUGACCUUCUGAAUUGCAGACAAAUAAACUUGUUCUCAGCAAUUUUUGAACUGAGAAAAUGACAAGGAGUUUGGUGGUUGCCACUGAAACUUUUCCGUUUGCAAGUAAAUAUUACGGAAUUCCCUAUACUUACUAAAGGAAAUGCUGUGAAUAGGGUGGUAGGAUACGUUAAUGCAAGGGCAUAUGUGAAGAUUUUUAUAGGUAUCACUGUAUGCUCAUUGUGAAUUUUUCUUCUCUCUCUCCCUCUCACAGGAGUCCCCUCCAGCUGGCCCUAUUUCCCUAUUCUUCCCCAACACAGUAACAUUUCUUCCACCUCCCAAGCCUUCUGUGGUAGAGUACAUCCUAUUCUCUUUCUGCCUUCUUACUCAGCUCCAUCCCUUACUCUCUCAGAUACACACUGAUCCCUUCCUUCUGAUUGCUGGCGUGAGAGUUGGGUCAAGAAAAAAUAGCUGGUGACACAAGUUAUUCCAGGAGUUUCUGGCAAUUGUGAGGAAAGAUAGUCAUAUCAGGAGUGCAGCCAGGUGUAAGGAAGGUGUCUGGCUGUAGGGAGAUAAGGCAGGACUAUACUUACUGUUUGCAGAAGUCCCAGCUGGCCCUAUUUCCCAGCUUCUGGAAGCCUUCACUCAUUCACAGCAUUGUACCAUCAUUGACAGUGGCUUUCUAAAAUCCUUAGGGCCACAUGCAGCCUGCACUGGCCUAAGUGCAUGAAUAUGUGAGAGCAGAAUUUAAACGUUAGAAAACAGUUUGUCCUGAAGCCCUUAGAGAACUGACUAAUUAACUCAUCAUAUUGUUGUACCUAGUAUUGAGCCUACUGUAGGUAUUAUAACGGUCUCAGAAUAGGGCACAGUGUUAAAUACAGUACUACAUUUCCUAAAGACCUAGGCAGCAAAAAGCACCAGCUUAGCUGCUGACCUAAAGAAGCUCUACAUACCUCAUUAAAGCUGCUUUCUGUUCUGAGGGAGAACUCUCUCCCAGCUAACAGCCUCAUGAUGCUAGGUGAGGUAAUAUGCAAUCAGCUGAUGUAGCCGAUCUAUCUCUGUCAUGUGGCAUUCAGAGGGGUUGAAAAUGUACUGAGCAUGCUCAGUGCAUCCUCAGAUGCCUUUAUGUCAGGUGGAUAUUCCCUUUGUUGAUGGACAUUGAGCCUGCUGGGGAAGAUCUGUGGAGAGGAAGUGUGGUCUGAUGACAGUAUCAGCAGGACUGAAUUCUGACAACAGGAGUGAGCACAUUGUCGACAGAUUACUCCUUUCCCCAAUAAUAAAAUAGUGCCUGGGAGGGAGGGAUGACAGGACAUCCCAAACUACACCUCAACAACAUCUGGGGCGGGGGGGGGGGAGAUAUGGCUAAUGUUGCAAAGAGAAAUAUUUUAAUUAUUCAAAAAAAUGAUUCUUAGGCCAGAGUUGGCUUCUCUCAGUCUUUUGUGAGGCUGCACAGUGCUCUAGGAUGGUUGUAAUUUCCUGAGAUCAUGUGCCCUAGCUAGAGGUGGAUAGAUGGAUUACUGCUGGUGGAGAAUUGUGGAAACGUUCCCGCCCCCAAGCCACAUAACUAUCCUCAAGCUUUUUAGUUUAUGUAGGUUUGGCCUCUGCACAGCACAACUUUUCUUCUGAAUGGGUCUACUUGAGAUCUGCCAGUAUAACCUUAACUUUCCUGGCUGUGCCAAAAUUUAUGUCACAUUUCCCCAAGUCACCAGCACCACUGAGCACUAAUUACUAUUUGCAUAUUUGUUCUUACCCUAACACAUCUACUUUCUGUUAACCGUAUGCCUAAUUUCUAGAGUUUGAAGGCUUUUCUACUUUAUGAACUUCUGCUCUAAAAUUUAGAUAUCAACAUAUUCAUUUCACACUUUCGAUAAAUCAGAGAUGAAUCACAACUAAACUCAGGAUGCCCUAAAUUAGAUUUUAAAAUAUAUUAGAAGCUCAGCUCUCCCAUGUUUCGACUGGACCACAUGUAAAUCUGUAUUUUAAAACAAGAUUUGGGGCCAGAUUCUCAGGCCUCCUGUGACUAUUUUAUACCUCUCCAAUGGCACAAAGAAACCAUAAAGCUGUUGAAUCCGGCCCUUUGAGGAUUCCCAUUGGAAGGGGAAUUGCUGAGUAAUGUAGAAUACUUUUGAGCAGCUCUGCACCAUCCAUUAUCCCAUCCCUGGCACAGGAGCGUUCUGAUACCCCAGCUAUCUUUGGUUGCUGGAAUGGCCUCUUGGGGACUGCUCUAAGUUAUGCCAGGAGCCAUCUCCAUUGUUGGGUAAAUAAAAGGGUGACAUAAAGUCGCCUUUCACUUUGAUCUUGCUCUGAGCAUAGCUCCACUCAACCAGAGAAUUUGGCCCUUAAUCUUAAAGAACUUUAAAUAGAAAUGUAAACAAAAAUGAUAAAUAGUAUGGAGACUGUAAUUCUACUUGCAAUCAAUGUUCAUCUAUUCAUUUUUUUUUUUAAUUCACCUUCUUUGGGAACUAUGAAACCUGGUAAAACGGAAACCACACAAAGUCAAAUAGAUUACAUUUCUGCAGCAAAACAGAGAAUUUAAAGACAGGAAAGAAGACAGUAUUGUAAAGUUAAUUCCAAUAAGGCCACAUGAACCUCCCCCGAAAUGUUUUAAGUAUGUGAAGAUUCAUUAUCCCGUCACUGCCUUUUUGCAGCCUGCCAGCUAAAUAAAUGCCUGUAAUGAUGUAUACAUUAUAUUCAAUGUCCAGAGGGCUAAGCAGUCUGUUUUUCCCUAAUGAACAUCUAUCCUCUUUAUUCAUUACCAACCAAAAGCAAAACACAAUUUACGCAUUAUAAGAUGUGAAAUAUGUACAAUAACAUAAGCGUCCCACUUAACAAACCCAUUACAGUCAUAAGUGCACAGCUCCCAUUAACCUUAAAGGCAUCUACUUAAAUGUGACUCUCAAGUGAGAAUAAACUGUAGGGACUUAAGAUAACACUGAUUUUGCCUUUUUGUAUGUUUCCAGUUGUGGCAAGGGGGGACCCAUCCCUUUUCCAGUUUUGUGGCUAUGUCUUGCCCCUCCUCCCCCAGUAUAAAAUCUUCAGGAAAAAUAAUUUAAUUUCCAAGAUACUAGUCAUUUAGAUGUGCUUAACAUUUCUGAGGUAUCACUUGAGGUGGUGAUACUUCAUCAGCUAAAUACAAAUGAGAGAGGUAAAACAUUCCAGGAAGCUACAGUAAAAGUUGUCUAGUCUGCCUCCACUUAAUGCUAAUGAGACAGUUUCUUGUAAAAAUUCCAACUUGAUAGAAACUACAGGAGGUAGCAUGGUUCAUUAGGCUACAAAAGCUGUAAAAUGGUAAAAGGACUGGUUUUCCUCCCUCAUUUCAAGUGAUUUGCUAAAAGCACUAGGAUGUUCCACUAUGGAACUUUGAAUUCUCUAUUCCCUUCAUUAAUUUUGACCUUUUUACAUUUAGAAAAAAGUUAACUUUAGGGUAAGCCAUUGUACAUUCCUCCCCCCCCCGCCAGCUGCUUUUAACCACACUGUAUAACUCUGUUGGGUCUUUUUACCCAUUUGCUCAGUUGGAAUAGAAAACUAAACUGGAUUAUGCUAGUUCUGUGACCUGAUAUCCUGCCUAAAACACACUUGAGCAGUGACCUAAGAAAAAUGUGGUCAAUGGCUCUUCUGUAGAUACUCUUUUAGAAAGUGAUGCCUUUGAUUUAAGCUGCUUUAGCUGGUGUCUGUCAAAAAUUCUCUCAUUGCUUUCAGUGAUCUGGAAAAUAAGCUUGCAAGCCAGCCGUGUGGAGUUCAGGAUAAUUUAAAAUAAUAACAAAAAAUUACACGGCAUAGUUGACACAUUCUUCUGAAGUUUUAUUCUAAGACAUUUCCAUAAAUAGUAUCCUAUGCCACAGUUAAUCAAGCAGACAUGCUUAAACCACAAGUGAGCAAAAAGCUUGAUUAUUAUUUUUAAGAUUUAAUGAAACCAUCCUAUAGUCAUAAAAACAGGAGAAUCCCAGAGAAGCUGUUUUAUCCAUAAAGUGUUGUUUAGGUGUAAAUCAGUGUUGUGGUGUUGUUGCAAGUAUUCAGGUCUUUGUGGUGACUAAAGUAGGUUGGAAAAUGUUAAUGAAGGCCCAAUUUUGGCAAAAAAUUAGAACUGAAUUUUUUACAAUUCCCUCCCUUUGUUUUCUGACCAAUUCUGAUGGUGACAACAUACGUAGAGAGCCAAAUACAGUUCACAUGACUCACUCCUGGCCUGCUCCUGCUCCCAUUGAAGUCAAUGCAAGUUUGGCAUUGAUUUUAAUGGGAGCGUGAUUAGGUCCUGACUGACCUCAAUGAAUCAGGUUCCAUUCAUGUGAUGGGGGGGGAGGUUGGCCUACAAUAUAAUAGCUGUCAGGUGGCACUAUUAGAAGUGAAAAAUAUGUGCCACCAUUUCCAAAGUUGGGUAUCAAAAAUUAGGCACCUGAAUAAAAAUAUUCUGAUUUUUUUUCCUGAGGUGCUGUGUGCUCUCAAUUGAUUUUAAAAACAGCAAGAAUUUUGAGUGCUCAGCAGCGCUGAUUAUCAGGCAAUGUGUUCAGAGACCUACAUAUGGACUUAGAUUUUUAACGUUAGGCACCCAAGUUUGCAAGUUGCGCCCAGAGUAUUUUUUGUUGCAAAUCAACAAGUAGCAAGCUGCUCUGUUGCAGUUCUUUAUUCAAGUCAUACUGGGGGGGAGUUACACAUUAGUUUGAUUACAAAGCUGCUAAGGUAAGCUUCUAUGGUCUGUUGUUGUUAAGAGAUAGUACAGUGGGGUGCAAGACAAUCUCUCCUGACUAGAGCAGGAAACUGGGAGCUCAGACCCUCCUAGGUUCCAUUCUAAGCUAUAAGAAUAUUUCCCUCCCAGAUACAUUGUGAGACUUAAUUAAAGAGGAUCUGCUCGUAAGCUGUGCUGUGGAUCCACAAUUGCCAGUGAAAAUCAGUGAGAGCUCAGUACCUUUCAGUCUCAAGUCCUUAAUGUCUGGAAAGUCCUUUGAGGUCCUGGGUUGAAAGAUGCUAUAGAAGUGCAUAUUAUUCUUAUGUAGUCUGCAUCCCACGAAGUGACUAGAAUUGAAGUUAUUAAAUGGGGAUGGGUUAACCUCAAAAGGUUCAGGAGGUUGAUUUGCAUAAUCAUCCAAAAUAAUCUUAGCUAUUAUAUAUGCACCAAUAGGCUGAAAAUACUGCAGGAAAUAGGUUAUCAGGCACAAUUUUUAAUACUUCAUAUUUCUACUCAGAGCAAGCAGAUUUUCUCAUAGUACUUUGGCAUUUCAGGUCUUGUAAGAAGCAGGAAGAGCAAAGCCAGGUGAAAAUUAAACUAAAUGGGGAAAUAUUAAGUUAACUGGGUUUUUUCAAAAUUUGAUAUUCAGUUUGAAUCAUUUAUAAUUUCAUCCAAAUCAGUUUACCCUCCCUUACUGUAAAAAAAAAGGGAUUUUGUCUGAUUUAGUAAAAAUACAUUUAUUUAGGAUAGCUGAUUCGUAUCACUCUAUGUUACCACUCAUACACCUUUUUCCAGAUCUCAUUCCUGUUUUUAAAAACUUAGCAAUUUUACCUUACUAACUGAAUAAGGUUAGUGUACUAUUUGCAAUAUUCCCUAAGAAUUCACUAUACUAAGCCUAGCAAAUGCAACAAGUAGCGUUAUCUAACUAUCAGUGACAAAAUUGGAAUGUUUUUAUGGGUAGCUACUGUAUCAUGGAUUAGUAGACAUAAGAGGCCAGAUCCUCAGCUGUCAGCUAUGUUAAUUUACACGAGUUGAAGAUCUGGCCUUACAUUUCUAUAAUAAACCUCAACAGUAAACAACUUUUGAACUGUAUUCGCUCUUGCAUGUGCCAGGAGGUAUAAAAUUAGUCUUCAUGUGCCAGUCCAGCCUGCUGCACACUAGGGAGGUUUCACCGAGACAGGGCAGGUGGAGGCAUUGCACCCUGUCUGCUCUCUGGGUUUCCAUCCACAAAGGGCAACUUUGAUUUCUGCUAAGGACUCAGCCAGUGGAGGCUGCAGGGGAUGUGCAUGAGUCAGCACAUCCUUUGGCUCUGCCCUCUUCUUCACCACCGUCACUCAUUUUUCAGACAAUACUAGCCACUUGUGGGCCCAUGGAUGGGGGUGGCUGAAUCUGCUGAACUCAACCUUUUGCCUCUAAGACAGAUCUGAAAAAUUGAUGGAAGCAAUAGACUACUAAAGAGACAAGAAACUGGUAUUGAACUUGAUGGGCGUAGAAUCUUUAACCAAACCUACUUGGAUUAUCUCAAUACAGAUGCUUUGUAAUCCCUAGAUGAGAACUACCUUCAUCUAGUCAGUAAGACAUCCAUAUCUUUUUACAGGUUUUACAUUUUAAAAGGUAGAAAUACAGAAUGAUAGUUCAGCAUUUACAUUCAACUUGUUACCUUUGCUGCUUCACGACCCACACUUUUUGGAGAGGGAAAAAACAUGUAGGCAUUUCCUAUAAAUGGAUUAUGGGAUUGGAUUUUCACUUAAAAUAAUUUGAAGGAGUUGUAUUGUUUAUCCGACUCAACAAAAUUUUCCUCCCCAAGCUGUAUGCAUGAAUGUUGAUUGUGCUUUCAGUAAGAGGUACCGAAUUAAAAUAUUAUCUUUUAUGUUAUUUAUAUUAAUACAACAGGGUGGAGAUAUUUGAUUACAGGUUUGCCUUCCCUGUAGAUGAUUUACUUAGUGACCAGUUUCAGAGCAUUUCCAGUAUAGUUAUUUUUGACAUUGCAGUUUUCAUAAGUGUGUUCUGAGCUCUUUAUUUCACCGUGUUAAACACCAUCUUGCAUGUGAAUAUAAUGUAAAAGGGUACAUAUUAAAAAUUAAUUUCAAAAGUUAA